AUGAGAGAAGAGGGGGCUUUCAGUUUUAGUGAUUCAUAACCGAAGCCACUGAUACACACACAUACAAAGACUCUCUCUCUCUCUCUCUCUCUCUCUCUCUCUUUCUCUCUCUCUCUCUCUCUCUCUCUCUCUCUCUCUCUCUUACUCACUCACACACACACAUAUACACACACAGCAGUAUGGCUAACAUCGCGGUGCAGAGGAUAAAACGGGAAUUUAAAGAAGUCCUUAAAAGCGAAGAGACAAGUAAAAACCAGAUCAAAGUCGACCUGGUGGAUGAAAACUUCACAGAAUUGAAGGGGGAGAUCGCAGGACCACCUGACACACCUUACGAAGGUGGUCGAUACCAGCUAGAAAUUAAAAUUCCAGAAACAUAUCCCUUCAAUCCUCCAAAGGUACGAUUUAUUACAAAGAUCUGGCAUCCCAACAUCAGCUCAGUAACUGGUGCCAUAUGUCUGGAUAUUUUAAAGGACCAGUGGGCGGCGGCCAUGACACUCCGGACAGUGCUGCUGUCCCUACAGGCUUUACUGGCAGCGGCAGAACCAGACGAUCCACAGGAUGCAGUGGUGGCCAAUCAGUAUAAACAGAACCCAGAGAUGUUUAAGCAGACGGCUCGGCUCUGGUCACACGUUUACGCAGGUGCACCAGUCUCCAGUCCGGAAUACACACGCAAAAUAGAUAAACUGUGUGCUAUGGGCUUUGAUAAAAAUGCAGUAAUAGUGGCAUUGUCGUCAAAAUCCUGGGACGUGGAGACGGCAACAGAGUUGUUGCUUAGCAACUGAACCCACAGCACCAUGAUCACCACCCCUCAUCCCAUUAUCCAGAUUUCCCCGACUCCGCCCGUGCCCAAGUCAAAUUCACUUCCUACAUGGAUAAACUGCACCUUGACCCAACACGCUGCAUUCAUAAUUCCCUUCCAUUGCCGUCAACUCCUCAUCUCGCCAUCUUCCUCACCCUAUUUUUUUUUUAAUUGUUAUUUUUCCUUUUCACCAUUUUGAGUUCAUUGUGCCUUUCCCUCAACAGUAUUCUUUAUAUUGUUAUCACCAUCCUUAAUAUCCUUCUCCUCAUACCGGUCACAUGAUUCUUCUUCCCACAGUGCUGGACAUUCCCAAAUUGCCCCCUUCCUCCAUUUUGCACAAUCACUCGAGCUCUUUUAUGUGGAAUCCCAUUUCUACGAUGCCAGUAAAUAAAAAAUAAAAUAAAAAUACACACAAGCACCAGUCAAACAUGUGACAUAGAUAAUGUUAUCUCAACAGAUCGAGACUGGAAUACAAUAAAAAAACAAAAAAAAAAAAACAGAGUAGGCAAGAAAGUAAACAAUCACACUCACCGAACAAAGCAUUGACUGCAGAAACAGAAGAAGAAAGAAAAGAUUUCAUCUGUAAAUAAAGCUAUUAAGGUCUGUAUAAAUUAAAGCAAUGUGGCAAUGCUUUUAUUUAUUAUUGUUUUAAGGAAAAAAAUGAAAUAAACAACAGUUUCGUGGCUAAUACAA